GCCCAUUAUGCAUCAUAUGUCAUUAUGUAAGCCGACAUAUGCAUGGAAACUCGAGUCGGUUGUACCGAGGGUCAAAUGCAAGCCAAGCUUUGCUCAAACCCAAAAACCCAAUUGGCCGCUUGGCGCUGUUCCUAACCUCGGCGUACCCCGAAAGUUUACGCUAAAGCAACCCACAACGUCACUAAUCCGUACCGCUACCGCUAGUAAACAGCUUCCCCAGAAUCGUUCAAUCUUCCCGCCAUUUUCUAAGCCUCAUUAAACGUUACAGAUAGCAACGAAGCCACGGAGAUCACGACAACAACAACACAUACAUGCGUUCGAAGUCAUGCCAUGAAUGACGACAUCACCAUCACCAUCACCAUCGAUUGAGAUUGUUGAAUUGUGAGUAUCGUACUACCCGUACUACCAUGUGGCUGCUCAGAUGAGCUCUACCAAUUUCGCCCAAGCCCAGCAGCGGUUGGCUGCGCGUCGACAGGCUCGCGAACGAGAAGCCCAAGCUCGACUCGACGCUACCCGCCAGGCAUCGCGAGCCUGGACUGAAGUGACGCGUUUGCCAUAUCCCCUGAAUCGAAUUGGAACUUCAUCGCUAUCAGUAUGGGAAGUUAUCUCGUCACGCGAAGGCACGAGACCUGCCUUUCGAGUCGGCCAAGUCGACGCUGAAUUAUUGGACGAAGACCUCGUAACCCAACUACGCGAUCAGGUUGGCGAGGCGCUCAAAUACUUUGGAGGUACCCUAAAGGACGAUUGGUCAGCUGAGAUUCUUCUUGUGCUUCGUACAAUCCUUUUCAAACUUACCAUCUGGGACCAUGAUGCAACCUACGGUGCCGCUCUUCAAAAUCUCAAAUAUACCGACGCGAGACGCGAUGGUUUGGUCUUAACCCCUCCCAGUAAAUGGCAGAAGAGCCUCUAUGGUCUUAUUACUGUAGGGGGGAAAUAUGGUUGGACAAAAUGGGAGAAUUGGUUGCUGGACCGAGACAAUGGAUAUGAUCAGCCCUCGCCGAUGGUACGGAGGCUUGGCAACCUCACGUCACGGAUCACUACUCUCCACUCGGUGGCUGCCUUCGCCUCGUUCCUCGCCUUCCUCUUGCAUGGGAGGUACAGAACAAUACUAGACAGGGUACUGAGAAUGCGUCUAGCUCCACCCACCAGUCAAGUUAGCCGCGAAGUUUCUUUCGAGUACCUCAACCGGCAGCUAGUAUGGCACGCGUUUACCGAGUUCUUACUCUUCGUCCUACCCUUAGUAGGGAUCAAUAGAUGGCGUAGGUGGCUUGGCCGCACAUGGAGGAAGACCAAAGAGAUUAUCAAUGUCAGCAAGGAGAGUGAUGUCAACGAGAAGCGAGGCGAUUUUGCGUUUCUACCCGAACGGACAUGUGCUAUUUGCUACCAGGAUCAAAACUCGGCUGUCUCAGAGACCGAGGUUUUGGCUGCAGCCGCCUCAAGUGGAGUUGUAGGCUCGGCACAGACGGAUAUCACGAAUCCAUAUGAGACGAUCCCAUGCGGCUGCAUAUAUUGCUUUGUAUGCAUUGCAACAAGGUUGGAGCGUGAGGAGGGUGAAGGAUGGACUUGCCUACGGUGCGGGGAUCUGGUAAAAGAAUGCAAACCAUGGAAUGGGGAUGUUCUAGAAGAACAACCGAAAUCAUCAGCACCAGCCACGAAACGCGUGGGGUUCAUCGAUGACGAGAAGCCUGCCCCCGGCCCCCCAGAUGAUAACGAUGACACCGGUCAUGAAUUUCAACAACCAACACGAGAGGAACAGCUCGAGUCAGCGGCAUCGGAUUCUCCUGAAGAUAAUGACUCGGAAGUAUACGAGGAAGAAGAGGCUGGGGUGGAGGAAGGGUUCGACGACUAAUCGUCGGUUUCGAUGGCACAUGGAGCCUCUGUACAACAACCCUACCAAACUAGAAGAGCCUCCGGUUCAAGCAGCAAAUCGUUAACCGCCCCCAAGCGCUCAACGAUGAGCACCGGUUGAGACGUGAAACCUGUAUCCUUUCGUCUGGACCUUCAUCUUCGGCAUAUGAAUGAGUUGUCUGCCAUCAUCACGUUUCUAAGAGUCGCAGGCGAGAUAGCCUAUUGAGUAGCCAUACGCCCAGGGGUCCGGUUCAGUAGGGCUGCAGAACAAGUGGAGAAAAGCGGGAGGCGUAUGCCUUCCCAAAGCACCGGUUGAAGGUUUCACGUCCCGUAUCGACGGGCUCAGCAUACGCCGCAUAAUAGCACAAUCUCAUCAACAUCUGUCUGUGGAGACUCACUCAGCCCUAUGUUCCCACCUAUCGGACCAAGGUGUACCAACGCCUUGGCGAUUAAUAUUAUUUUUGUUCUCGGGAGAUACUCUACCCCCCAAUCCACCUUGAGGUUUGGCAGGUCGAGGCGCGAGGUUGCUUACGUGGGUGGCAUCCUACUGUUAUGCCUCCAUUCGUCUGAGGCAAGCCUAUUUAGACGACAUCAGGGUUGUAAUGAACUCUUACUAAUAUAGCAACCUAUAAUUUUUCUACCCAAUCAUUGUUCAUAUCAA